AUGAUUAUAUAUUAUCUAACAUUCUCAUUUACUCUUUUACUAAUUAUUACAAAUAUUAAUAUCAACAAGGCUAAAUAUGUUGCAGUUGUUGAACAUGGAUCAAAUGAUAUUAUGGCUAAUGUUUCAUUUAAUCAAUCGUGGGAAACAACAACAGAAAAAACUUUAAUACGAAUACCUCGUUUGGAUACUGUUUCUGAAAAACCGACAAUAAUUCCUCGCUAUCGUCGUGAUUUCGUUGAUCCUGAUGAAAUUUUGGGCAUGGCGAAAAAGGUUGCUAUAUCUGUAUUUAUUAUUGUAUCAGUAUGCAUUGUUUGCUGUAUUGUCACGACAAUUUAUGUUUGUGUUAAAUGUUGUUGUGGUGGUGGUAGGGAUAAUAAUCGAAAACGACAACAAGGUUUUACUACAAUGCCACAACCGAUAAUUAUUCAUACAGGUUCACCAAAUUAUCAACCACAAUUUCAACAACAACAACAGCAACAACAAGUACCUUCGCCACAACCACCGAUGCAACAAACAUGGGGUCUUGAAAAUCAUCCAAUGUUACCACAACCAAGUGCACCACCACAACCUAUGGAUGAUUUUCAUAUGGAACGUCCACCACCUUAUGAAAAAGUCUGCGGAAACAGUUAA